CUGAAGAGGUUGAUCUCUCCCAGGACAUGCGGGAUUGGGAAACAUCGUCUGGUUCAGAGAAGCACUUUAUCAGUCAUGUGCUGGCGUUUUUUGCUGCUUCUGAUGGUAUUGUGUUGGAGAACUUGGGUGCAAGGUUUCUUAAUGAUGUCCAAGUUCCAGAGGCUAGAGCAUUUUAUGGAUUUCAGAUUGCAAUGGAGAACAUUCAUUCUGAAAUGUACAGUUUGCUUCUGGAGACUUACAUCAAGGACCCAAGUGAGAAACAUAGAUUGUUUAACGCCGUAGAAAACAUUCCUUGUGUGGCCAGGAUGGCUAAGUGGGCGUUGGAUUGGAUCAACAGGGGGAAAACAAACUUCUUCGAGAAAAGGGUAGGGGAGUACCAGAAGGCAUAUGUCAUGUCAAGUCUUCAAGAUGCGGGGAAGAACUUCGUCUUCAACAUGGAUGAGGAGUUCUAAUCUAAAGCAAAUCACAGUUUUAUCUCAAAUCUAGUAUCUGCAUGCCAUCAAGUGUAUAGCUCCCCAUUCAUGGUUACAGGCUUCUGUCUAUACCCUACUUAUAUUUACAGUCACUUCUAAACUGGCAUAUGAUGUUAAGCCAUCUGUUAGUUCCUCUUGCAUUAUUUUUGCACACCUCUCAUGUCGUUUUAGAUGACAGUUAGAAGGUGAGAGGUCUUUAUAUGCAAGUAUACUAUACAUAAUAUAAUGCACUUUUAAGUCAC